AUGCCAUCCGGACUUCGCAUCAUCAUUGGCGGGGACGACGCCGGCUUCCCCUAUAAGUCCAUCAUCGCCCAACAGCUGCUCUCAGACCCCCGUGUUUCGUCGCUCAUCGACGCUGGUCCUUCAUCAGAGGAGGACAAGACAGCGUACUCGCACUUUGCCAUCGCAGCUGCUGAAAAAGUUGCCAAGGGUGAAGCCGACAGAGCGUUGUUGAUCUGCGGCACAGGUCUCGGUGUUGCCAUCGCAGCCAACAAAGUUCGUGGUAUCAGGGCGGUAACAGCCCACGAUAGUUUCUCUGUUGAACGAUCAGUUCUGAGCAAUAAUGCUCAAGUGUUGUGUUUGGGGCAGCGGGUUGUUGGGAUUGAGCUUGCUAAGAGGCUGGUGAAGGAAUGGCUAGGAUACGAAUUUGAUCCCAAUUCCUCAUCUGCUGCCAAGGUUAAGAUCAUUGAGGAUUAUGAUAGACAACAACUUGUAACUGCACCAGUAGUUGCCGCAUAG